AUGCGUGUCAGCGCCCUUGAGUCGAAUUUAACAUGGUCACUUGUUCCCCUCCCUGCCAACAAAUGCCCUAUUGGUUGUAAAUGGGUAUACAAAGUCAAACGGAAUUCAAAUGGUUCUAUCGAGCAUUUCAAGGCACUUCUCGUUGCUAAAGGUUACUUGAAGAAGUCUAUAUGCUACCUCCGCUUGGUUAUGUCCGUAAAGGGGAGAACUUUGUUUGCAAAUUGCAUAAAUUGUUAUACGGACACAAGCAGGCUUCUAGGCAAUGGUUUAGAUGCAAAUGAGAUUUCCAAGCUUAAGAGCUCCCUACAUAAACGCUUCAAGCUAAAAGACUUGGGUAAUCUCAAAUAUUUUCUUGGUAUCGAGGUAUCAAGAUCAAAGAAAGGCAUUUGUUUGAAUCAAUGUGAAUAUGCUUUGGAUAUUAUCAAAGACACAUGUUUAUUGGGAGCUAAACCUGAGACUUUUCCCAUGGAAGAAAAUUUGAGAUUGGGCAAGUUGUCCUAUGACAAGAAGAUCAACCACUGGUUAUUGUGUGUUUCUCGGAACAAGUCUAAUUUCAUGGAAAACCAAAAAAAGCCUACUAUCUCUAGAUCUUCUUCAGAAGUCGAGUAUAGGGCUAUGGAAGUUGCUACUUAUGAGCUACAAUGGUUAAGAAAUCUUUUACAAGAUUUUGGUAUAUCACAUUCUCUUCCUAGCAUACUCCGUUGCAGCAAUAAGGCUGCCAUAUACAUAGCAGCAAAUCCAGUUUAUCAUGAGCGAACCAAACAUAUUGAAAUUGAUUGCCAUAUUGUUCGUGAAAGAAUUCAAGACGGUUCAUUACAUACUGCAUUCAUUCAUUUCAAAGAAUAA